AUGAAGCAAAGUGCGAGGCUUAUCUUGUUGGUGUUGUCACUGGUACUAGUCGGUGGACAUUUUGCCAAGGGUCAGCAGGAUGAGAGCGAAGAGGUAGACGCUGAUUCCACUAUUGAUGUUGAUGAGCAGAAUGGCACCAACCAACCGUCCAGAGUUGGCCGACUUAUAGGUGGAGUGCCAGUCACUAGUGCAAACCAGCCUUACUUGGCAGAAAUGAACUUAAUUAGCGACAAACGCUAUUUUUGCAUCGGUGCUGUCAUUAAUAGUACCACGGUCCUUACCUCUGCAUCAGCUUUACGAAGUGCCGGUAACAUAACGUCGAUACUUGUGAAUGUUGGCAGUAAUCCAUCGUUCGCUGCAUCAAGGUUAUUCUAUUUUGUAAGCUACGCAUUACAUAGCGGAUUCAAUCCGACCACCCUAGAAAACGAUGUGGCCAUUAUAACGAUUAACGGCACCUUCGCCGGAGUACCGAAUGUGAAUCCAAUAGCCAUCGCAACCACAGAGAUUGCGGUUUCUACCACGAAUCGCACCCAAUGUUUAGUACUUGGAUGGACUGAGACUGGCGCUUCAUAUGAUAUGCUUCAAGCCACUUAUGAACUGAUGACUGAUCAGGAAUGUGCAGCAGGUGGUGCCAAUCCUCCGUCAAUUAUGUGCGCAAAACCGACUGGAGGGUAUGCUUGCUAUUUUGACGGCGGUGCACCGCUGGUGUGCAAUGGUCAGUUAUAUGGGGUACUUACUGCUCAAACAAAUUGCACAUCUUCCAAUCCCCCUACAUUUCAAAAAUUUGCAAAGCUUCCGUUAAUUAGCAUUCCAUGGGGCCCCGCUACCAUAUCGACAUCAAAUGCUACCGUAGCGACUUUACCGAGAAAAAAUUACGUCUCUUGCCCUUGA